UGCACUUGCUAUCCGGCAGGAUCCCACCUCGGUCUCCGAAGCUGCGGAUUUCUGUUUUUAAUUUUAACUUGAUUCUUUCUCGGGUUCUUGUUGCACAAACUCCGUCACCCUGAAGUAUCUAACCAUCCUGCUAGGGGCAGGGAUGCUUGCAUUUCUAGGUGCAGUGAUCUGCAUCAUUGCAAGCAUCGCCCCUGGUUCUCCGGGAUCUGUCCCUGGUGCUGAAAAUGAAGCCGGAGCAUUGCUUGCAACCCAGAGCGGCGCUGGAGCUGCCCGCGGUGCUGAUACAGGGAGAGCCGGCAUUCCCGCACCUACCCCAAGCCAAGGCACUGCCAUUGAUCCUGGUGCUGGCAAAGCUUCUGUGAGCUCUAGGCUUGGAUAUGGUUCGGAUUCAUUUAUUGGCACUGCCAGUCGCUUCCUCUGUCUGCCUUUGGCUCAGGAUUGCCCUUCCCCUUCGAUCCGGGAGGAUCUGCUGCUGCUGAGGAGUACGGCUGACCACCUCCGCCAGAUGGUCAUCCAGCAGGAGAAACAGAUCGCCAGCGACCAGCAGACCAUCAGGGAACUGACCAGCAAACUCAGCCAAUGUGAGAAUGGCCAGGAACUGAGCUUCUUUCAAAAUAAUCCCGAGGAAUACGCAUGGGACCUUGGGAGAAACAGUUUGGAAGAUGGGACCGAGGAAUCUGACUGGACAGUGUUAGAUCUGGAGCAGACCAUCCACUCCCUGAAGGACAGCAUUGAAAAUCUGGAGGGGGAGUUGUUGUCUCGGGGCAAUGGUUCCUCAGCGACGCUGUCUGGCGUGCAGCAGGUCCACUUCUACCAGAAGAUGCAGGAGCUGGAAGGCCAACUGCUUGCAAAGCUCUCCGAGCUCGAGAGAGAGCGCUCCCUCCUACAGAACAAGAGCGACCGGCAGAGGCACCGGAUGGAGGAACAGCUGCAAGCUCUUCACCAACGCAUCGACAAUCUGGAGAAAGAAACCACUGCUUAUAAAUUGCAGGAAAGUUACAAAAUAUCACUGCCUGUGCGGACAAACUAUAUGUUUGCCCAAAUGAAGAGGAGCCUUCCGGAACUGUACUCUCUGACCGUCUGUGUGUGGCUCAAGUCUAAGGCCAGUGUGGGGAUGGGAACCCCUUUCUCCUACGCCGUGCCCGGACAGGUGAAUGAGAUUGUCUUACUCGAGUGGGGGAAGAAGCCAGCUGAACUGCUGAUCAACGAUAAAGUGGCGCGGCUGCCAUUGAAGAUUAACGACGGACGGUGGCACCAUGUGUGCAUCACCUGGACGACCAGGGACGGCCAGUGGGAGGCUUACCAGGACGGCACGCGGCAGGGAUCAGGAGAUAACCUGGCACCUUGGCACCCAAUCAAGCCGGGAGGCACUCUGGUCCUUGGGCAGGAGCAGGAUAUGGCCGGGGGAAGAUACGACGCGGCGCAAGCCUUUGUCGGCGAGCUGGCGGAGUUCAACGUCUGGGACAGGAUUCUAACAGCGGCCGAGAUCCAGAGCAUCGCCAACUGCUCGUCCGAUCCGGUGGGCAACGUCCUCUCCUGGGAGGGUAGCGGGAUCGAUCUGUUCGGGGGGGCGACCAAGUGGCCUUUCCAGAGGUGCAGCCAAGGUACCGUCUCCAGGGAGGACUAAUCCUUCGCCCCUUGGCGUUGCCCGCCCUUCACUGGGCCAGCUACAGCCGAGGCCAGCUUCUGCACUCUUCACUAUGUCUCCAGAGUGGCUGGGGUGCCUCCAGGGGUGCGUGACCGACGGCGAGCGCAGACGAACGAGACUCAGGCUUCUCCAAGGCCAACACUCUGACUGGAAGCCUCGCUCACCCGUCCAGACCUGCACUCGUCUGCCCGUGCUUCCCAACUGUCUGUUCCCAGCGGAUGAGGCAAACGCUUGGAGUGUUGGAUUGGAAAACCAGUACCCCUGCAGGCACUGGCCAACAAUCAUGUACCAUUCCAGUGUACAUAGCUGUUCAUGUGUGGACCUACGCGCUUGGGGGCAGGGGGUCACCAGGCUUUCUCUGGCCAAUGUGUGGUAAUGUGUCGAGUGAGGGUGUAAAUUUGUUCGUUUUGAUAUUUAUGAUAUUCGGAUGAACCCUUUCUGUUUGUGCUUCUGACAUCACAAACUCACAGAGCCCAGGUCAAUAAUCUCACUGCCCCAAAUUCAACAGAAGACUAUUGGCAAUCUCCAGGAGGUUUGCUGUCUGCUUUAUGUCGUUCUGAGUGUACGUGGUCCUCAUGCAUCACACUAACACCCGAGACCCUGAUUGGCCCUCAGUUCUCUGAUUAACUCACAAGAGGACGUAAUUUUAAGGUGAUUGGAGGGAAGUAGAGGGGUGAUGCCAGAGGUAGGUUUUUCACACAGGGAGUGAUGAUGGGUGCAUUGAAUGCCCUUGCAGGAGUGAUGGUAGAGGCAGAUACAUUAGGGGCUUUUAUGAAACUCUUAGAUAGGCGCAUAGAUGAUAAAAACAUAGAGUGUUAUGUAUGAGGGAUUAGAUUGCUCUUAGAGUAGGUUAAAAGGUCAGCACAACAUCGUAGGCCCAAUAACCUGUUCUGUGCUGUAAUUUUCUAUAUUCUAUGUUUAAUUAGUCCUCCGAUAAUCCCAGAACGAUGCCUCAAUUAACCUGUAUCAAUCUCGAGUCUCUCGGCCUUGAAGGUUCCUCGAUUUCCCAACCAUCCCUCACUUGAGACUCGAUCUUCUCACCCCCAAUCGAUCCUUAAACUUCAGUUGACAAUUGAUUCUUCAUAACCUGCCUCACUCAAUGCUUAAACUGAAGGGUUCAUCCUGUGCCAAAUCAGCUAGAUGCCCAGAGGGAGAAAAACCUGUAAAAUCCACCAAAUCUCUUCAGUUAGUACCUUUUGGUGUUUUCAAUGGGGAACUGUUAUAGUUUUUUUUAAAAGCAGAAUUCUUUGUUAAAGGCAAGUUGUUUAGGACAUUAGAAAACAACAUUGCAGCCUAAACCCAUAAUGUUGACUCUAAGGGCAUCCCAGGGACCAUGGCCACCUCUCAAACAACAACCUAGUACUAAACACGGAAUGAGGGUGGUCACCCAAAGGGAUGUAACGGCCUCGUUUCUAUCUGACCUUUAUGUUGUAAUGUACUUUGAACUUUGAACUUUACUUGUUAAUCUCGGUAUUGUCAACGCUAAUCGUUUGCAUAUGUUUUUCAGAUGAAUUUGACGUUAAAGGCCGGUGUAGGUAAAGCGGAGACAUUUGCAGUCAGUUAAUCUGGCUCCAGUGUUGGACGAUAUUGUCCAUCUAGCUCUGACCAGCCUAGGCCCGGGAUUAUAAAGAGGUAUAAACAGCAAGAAGAUGGUCCCUCCACCAGGGAUUAAGUAUUGUCCAUGUAUAAAUAUUCAGCUACCAGGACAGUACGUCCGUCAAAAUACAAUGCGUUACUGGAAAUAACUCUAGAUAUGCAGCUUGGCUGGUUGACGGUUGGGUUGAGUUGUUCGCCAUUCCUGGGAAUCCAUUUGCAAACGUUUCAUCACCAUGCGAGGAGACCUCAUCAGUGUACUAUUCAUUGGUGGUGUGUCCUCUGAAUGAACUGCACACUGACGAUGUCUCCUCGGAUGGUGGCGAAACGUUUGCAAAUGGAUUGCCAAGAUCGAAGAACAACUCAACCCAACCAAAAUGUAUUACUGAAGUACAUAUGUUAUCUUAUACUACCUUGAGAUUUAAUUGCUUGCAUAAUAGAUCUAUAGAUACAUACAGUGGAAGGUUAUAACUCUAGACAUCCACAGGAAGGGUUUAUUUCUCCUCCUGAGUACUUAUUCUACCAUUGUUUUCACUAGUAUGGACACAAUGGGCCAAAUAUCCUUUUUUUUGUGCCAUAAUCCCCACCCCACCCUAUUUUUUAAAUAACCCCCACCUACCCCUCGUCUCCUAUCUUUAAUAAUUCACCAGCAGUAGUUUUCAAAGAAACACUUUUUUUAUUAACUUCCCUCUGAUAACUCUCCUUGGUGGUUCUGUGACCAUUGAGACUCCAGGGGCAAUUUAAAGAGAUGGACAGACCUCAAAGAGUUGCCACUCUUUGAGCUGUAGAAUGGAGAUUUGCCUCAUUAUGGUGAAGCAGCCGUCAGUUUACAAACGUUACUGGUAAACGCUCACUGAAUGAUAUGUUCGCUUCUUCCCUCAUGUACGUGAACUCUGGAUUUUGACAUGUGUCCUUAGCAUGUGUUAACCUGUUGGUUGUUAAAUGUGACCUGAUUCCGACAAGGCUGCUAAACCCAUUCUCUGCUCGUGUAUGAGCAAUGCUGCUGUUGUCCGUGUCUUUCAAUCGCUGAAUAUCGAUGGUCUGUCAAUCUCUUUCGAAACGAUCACUAGUUAAUAUCUUUCGAUACUGUGUGGUAUUUGUGGUGACUUAUGCAGAUUCUGUUACAUCGGAACCAUUAAAUGGGCUACUGUUACACAAGCCUUCUGCAGUUGUGCAUGUUUAUUGUGGCAUCCUUCAGUGAGUGAAGCAUUCUGCAAAAUCCCUACAGUGGGAGAAUCUAAAAUUUCGAAUUGACUCAACAAGUGCUGGAAAUUUGAAAUUAAAACAAAAGAAAAAUGCCGGAAACUCUCAGCAGGUCAGGAAACACCUGUGGAGGGUGUUAGAGAAAUUACUCAAGUACUCCAUUUGGGCAUUUCAGACUUCGAAAUGAAGAGAGCUUUACUCACGAUAUCAUGGGGAGUGGAACCGCUAACGGUGGGUUUCGAACUCCAAAUAAUACAGAGAGCACAGCUCCUUUCAUACACGUACAAAUCGAUUGCAAAAGCAAAGUCUGUUCUAUUCCCUCGUGAAUUACCUUGAUUGCCUUGUGAAUUACUAAAGGUAAGCUAGGUUCAUAUGCAGUUCUCUUGUGAUAAGCUACACUCAUAGCAAGAGGCAAAGUUUUAAAAAAUCAGUCCCAUAUACGUUUAACAAAGAGUUUGUCCCAUAUCCUUGAGGCUAAUUCUUUCAAGAUAAGCUACUGCAUGUAUUUAUUCUACGAACUGUCUCUGCUAAAAGACUCAGCCAUAUCUAUAACAGACUAAGCUGCAAGCUAUUUUCCACACUCAAAAAGCCAAUAUUAACCCUUUGUCUAUCAAAAUUUUUUCCUCCACAAGGGAGAACUUAUUCACUGCCCAUUCCACCAUGGCGUUUAAGGUAUCAAUGAAGGUCCUUCAUCUCUGAUUGCUGUUUCAUUGUUUUUUGACCAGUCAGGGUUGUUAGACCCUGAACCUAGUCCACUCUUAGCCUGGCCUCUACCCUUUGACCUGUUGGGUAUGUGUGACCCUACCAAGAGCCAAAGCACAAGGCCCGUGACUCCUGCCAACUGGGUCUCUGGGUCAUUGAGGCACGUAAGACUCCAAACCCUACGACAAGGUUGCAGUCCUCUUGGAGAAAGAGGAGGGAGAAACAGAAAGGUAAUAUUUUGGGUAGGAGAGCUUUUAUCAGAGCUGAAAAGAAAUGAGAAAACAGAUUAGUUUUCAGGUUUGGAGAGGGUGGGGAAGGAACAGAUAGGAUAAAAGGAGUAUCUCUGAUAGGAUGAGACCAGUAUUGCCAUGGUGAUAUGCUAAUUAUGAAGCUCACAGGUUGGUAGAGAGAGAGUGAGAGAGAUCAUAAAGGGUAAAAGCUGUGAAAUAAAGGUCAAAGCUGUCGCAGAGAGAUGAAAGUGAAUGCUGAAAGACAGGUCAGGCAACGGACAGAUCAAAGAUGUACAGGUUUUUAGGUUAAUUGGCCAUUGUAAAUUAUCCCGUGAUUAGGCUAUGAUGAAAUUGGGGGAUUACUGGGCAGUGUGGCUCAGGGAGCUGGAAAAGCCUACCCUUUGAUGUAUCUCAAUCAAGCAAC